UGAGCAAAGUGUAAGCGCGUCUAGUGGAGACCACCUAAAUUCACCUGCUUUCGUGAGAAGCCGAUACUAUCGAAGCACGUCAGUUCCCAGAACAACAUAAAAGAAUGCAAACAAUAACAACAUAAAAACGCACAGAAAAAAACGGGCUAAUGAAUCAUCAUUGAGCAACAAUUAACAUUGAUUAACACACAUGAUCGGGCGACGUCACUGGCAGUGAGAACAACAAGUGGCACACGCGACCGCGGAAAUUAUGUCAACAGAUGCUAAUCCCGCCGCGGAAUGUGCGCACCUGGUGGAAUUCAAGCAGUUCCUGGCCGCCACAGCGGAAAAGGCGGCUGCCGUAAGCGGUGAGGAGCUGACCGCCACCAGGAGUUGUGUAACCCGCGCCAGCAACGACACGUACAAAGUUUCCAGCGAGGAGCGUCAUGCCGAAUUGGUCUCGUCCAUUUGGCAGCAGCUCAGCUCCUGCGGCUGUCCGGAGGUUUUUCGGUUGAAGCUGCUUCACCGUUCCACGCAACAGCUGGAGCAGGAUCUCUGCUGCGCCAAGGAGUGUGAAAUCAAUUCCGAGGGGCCGCCACAGUACGAUCUGCUGAAGUUGCAAAAGUUUGCGUGUGCCGAGCUGGAGAAGUUUCUCUUAAAACUCACCGACAACGCAGAGAUGGACCGUCUGAAGGACUACGCCGAUGAGGGUGCCCUUUGUCUGGAUCCACGUAACUGCCUGUGCCAGAUGGGCAAACCGGCGAUGCACACAUCCGCCGCUGUGAAGAACAAACCCAGGAAGAUGGAGGAUCGACAUGUUUGUCUGGAGCGAUUCGGCGCCAUGUACGAGUUGCCGGAUAAGGAAUCGCGCUUCUUUGGAGUCUUCGAUGGUCACUCGGGCUCCCUGUCCGCCAGCUAUGCCAUCAGCCAGCUGCCUCAGCUGCUUGCAGAUCAGCUAAAAGUAGACGCGGACCCCUCGCCCGACUUCUAUCGGAACGCCUUUGAGUCUGCGUUUCUCCUGGCGGACGAACGCUUCACCCAGAAGAAGAUCACCAGCGGCACGACUAGUGUGUGCGCUUUGAUUGCCAAGGAUCAGCUCUGCAUCGCCUGGGUGGGUGAUUCCAAGGCCCUGCUGGUGGGUAAGAGAACGCAACUACAGGUGGUGAAACCGCACAAACCAGAGAAUCCCGAUGAGCGCAAGAGAAUAGAAAAAGCAGGCGGAACAGUGAUCCAUGCCCAGGGUCAGUGGCGCGUUAAUGGCAUCCUCAAUGUGGCCCGUUCAAUUGGCGAUUACAGCCUGGAGGCAGUAAUAGCGGAGCCGGAUUUUGUGGAUGUGCAACUAAACGAGGCUCACGACUUUAUUGUCCUCGGCACCGAUGGCCUGUGGGAUCAUGUUUCGGAGGCUCAAGUCAUCGAAACCGUUUACGAGUCUCUGGCGGAUCCUACAACGAAGCUGGAGGAUAUUCCGAAGCUGCUAAUAGACGCGGCCAAGGAGGGAGAUUCGCAGGAUAACAUUACUGCGGUUUUGGUGCUACUUAAGCCGCGUGAUCAGAUUGGAAAUGGUUAGGAUAUGGAGAGAUUGGAACGGAGCCUGAGUGGAAGAAAUCCAAGCAGCGAAUAUUGUUUGUUAUUACCCGCAUUGGAGUGGGUUUUUCUUUUUGUACAAAAUCACACGAAAUUUAGAGUUUUAGAGUUGAAAAGUAAUCUUAAUUCUAAUUUAGUUUCUAACAUAUCAAAGGAAUAGGCUUUAACGUGCCAAAUAUGUAAGAAGCUAACAUUCAGUACUUGUACUAAUUAAUAUGUUGAAGAACUCUUUUUAUGUUUACAGUUUACAAGAUAUUCCGAUUCUUGGAAUAUAUAUAUAUAAACAACGAACUAGAGUAAAUAGAAGUAAAGUAGAGCAUCUUAAGUAUUCCAAAAGAUUACUUUUCAACUUUGAAAUGUUUUUAAAGCACACAAUCACACACGACAAACCCACUCUAAGCCGCACUGUUGUUUCGUUUACUAAAUAUUGUUUUUAAAUGUAAAUAUGUAGCUUAGAGAUAUGUCACAUUCUCACGUGCCUGCCGUGGAGCUCCCAGUUUCCCUGGAGUCCACCUGUUUGGUUGCUCGAAUAAGCUCAAUUCAACAAAGUAUAUACAUACAUAUGUUUUUGAGGUUGCUCAGCAGUUGAGAGGAUAUACAUAAGUUAUAGGCAACUGUUGUUAAAACCCAAAUAUAUAUACAAAAUCCACACGUA